GAAGAGAUGCAAAGAAGAGGUUAACUUUUGCUAAUUCAUGUCAAUUAAAUGAGAAAUCUACUCAUGCAUUGCGAAUGAGUGAGUUAAGUCAUAUGGGGUAUAAUAUUUUUGAUAAAGUUGCUUCCUAUAAUGAGGUGACCAAAUUUGUCAAAAAAAAGUUGAGUGAAAUGACAUGGGAGGCUGAAUAGAUGAUUAUGGCUAUGAAUAAGGUAGAAAAUGUUGGUAAAGAAAGUCAUCAAGAAGAUCUUACAAAUGAUGAUGAUUUACAAAUUUGCUUAGUUGGUGAUAAAUCAAUUCUUGAUCCACCACAUGUGAGAACGAAGGGAGUAACCAACAAAAGAAUAAAAGUUUUGUUGGAAAAGGGGAAAAAAGAAGAAGUUAAAGGUGCAACCACUUCUCAAGUUCCACAAGCUAGUUCUAUGAUGCAUGGAGAAUCUGCAGCCUUGUUUUUUCCACCUGAGAUGUGUUGUGAUUACCCUAUGGUUAGCACUACAAGAAUGUUUCAAGAAAGUUUCUUUUUGCCACAAUCGAAUCAAAGCUCUAACACAUCAAAGGAUGACACAAGACUUUGAAGAAUCUUGGAUAGCUUUUAUGACAACUUUUUGGACAGUUUUUUGUGAAGCAUAUUGGAUAGUCUUUUUUUAAGACAAACAACUUUUUGGAUGGCUUAAUGCACAGCUUAUAGCCGCUUUUUGGAUGGCUUUAUGCACAGCUUGUAGUCGCUUUUUGGAUAGCUUUAUGUACAGCUUCUAGCCGCUUUAUUAUUAUGCACAAUUUGUAAUAGCUUUUUGACAA